AUGGGCCUCCUAGACGCCCUUCCUAUCUCCUACAUGCCGAAUCUAGUUGCACUCACCCUUCUCCCUGUGGCCAUCAUAGUCUCGGUAUUCGUUUACUAUGUCGCUCUGGGAGUGUAUAACAUAUGGUUCCAUCCGCUCCGCCACUACCCCGGCCCCGUCCAGAACGCUGCAACAAGACUCACUUGGAGUUUUCAAGUCAUCUCUGGCAGGUCUCAGUUCCUGCUGUCCCAACUUCAUGAGAAAUAUGGAGAUGUUGUUCGCAUUGGUCCCAACGAGCUGUCAUACACUUCCUCCAAAGCUUGGAAAGAUAUCUAUCAAUCACGCUCGGGAAAAUCCCAGUUCCAAAAAGAUCCGCUGCAUUACCAGAAGCACGACAAAAUACCUAGCCUGCACGUGUCAAGCGAUGCAGACCAUACCCGUAUGCGUCGGCUCAUCUCGCACGCUUUCUCCGACAAGGCUUUGAGAGAUCAAGAGCCCAUCAUGAAACAAUACAGCGACCUGCUGGUGAAGCGCUUACACGAAGCCACCGAGUCGGGAGACCCUGUCAACAUCAAGCAAUGGUAUCAAUGGACACUGUUCGACUUGUUUGGCGAUCUUUGCUUCAAUCAGCCCUUUGGUUGCCUAGAGUCUGGGAAAAGCCAUCCCUGGAUCGACAUAAUCGGCGAGUCAAUCCAAGCCUUUUAUUACCUCGGUCUUGCUAGACGUUUACCCGGACUCCAAAGCCUUGUAAUGAAGGCGAUUCCCAAGAAGAAGACAGAACAAGCAGCAUGGCAUUCAGAGUUUAGCAAAAACCUGGCGGACAGGCGAAUGGCCAUGGAAACUGACCGUCCCGAUUUUAUGUCCUUCAUUCUUAAACACAACGAGACAGAGAAAGCAUUGACAGUGCCUGAGAUUCGCUCCAACACCAACGUGUUGAUCCCUGGUGGCAGCGAGACAACUUCUACCUUCCUCACGGGCACAACAUGGAAUUUGCUCCGACAUCCGUCCAAGUACAAAAGGCUGGUGGAGGAAAUUCGGUCAACCUUCAAGGACGCCCAUGAGAUCAACAUCAGCACCACUGCGGGCAUGGAAUAUUUGAACGCAGUCAUUAACGAAGGGCUUCGAGUCUACCCACCUGUGCCCUCAAACAUGCCCAGAGUGGUCCCUGAGGAAGGAGCUGUCGUCUGUGAAAAAUGGCUUCCUGGCGGAAUAUCCGUCUGCGUGGCGCCGUAUCCAAUGACACACACUUCUCGCAACUUCAAGGACCCUGAUUCCUUCGUUCCCGAACGCUGGCUAAAAGACCCUCUGUACAAGACUGACGACCUGGCCGCCUCCCAACCAUUCUCGUUCGGUCCGAGGAACUGCAUUGGGAAGAAUCUUGCCUACGCGGAGAUGCGCCUGGUCCUUUGCAAGAUUCUAUGGCACUUCGAUCUCGAGCUCAUGUCUGAGAGUGAGAAGUGGUUCCCGCACAACAUGAUUGUGAUCUGGGAUGGCCCACCCUUGUAUGUCAAGCUACACGCUGUUGACCGAUGA